UGUUGGGCAUCGGUUUGUGAAUGAGUUGGCAUCAUGUUUCCCAAAACAUUAUCUGUAGCUCUAGUGGUUAUAUUUUUGGCUGUUUUAUAUUCAAAAUGGUUUCCAACAGUGGUAGAAGUCAUCAAUCCAACAGAAACAAGAAUUGUCAUGGCCUGGCAAAAAAUCAUAAAGCCACCAAUGAAAAAAUUCCAAAGACUUGUUGUUGGCUGCAACUCGAAUCUUGACUACAUAGUACCGGGAACAAAGCUACUACAAUCUUUGAAUGUGGAACCAGGUGACAAGACCGAUCACGGAACUUUACAUAGCUUAGACCAUCUUCAACAGACAUUUUCUCACUUCUUUUCAAAAGGUGCUGCAGCAGAGAGGAGCUUUAUGGAUAAAGAUGUAUUCAGGCAAAUUACAAAUGCAGCUGAAAAUUUAGAUGAUUUACAGGUAUACAUAGGAGGGAAUGCUGCUUUGAUGGCUACAAAAAUCACAGAAAUGUUUCCCGAUGUAAAGAUACAAUACAUUGGACCAGUGGGACCAAAACUUAAAGAACUAUUUCCAGAAUCUUUUACCAUUCCAGAGAGCAGUCACAUUCCUCACGAUGAAAUCCAUCUCAUUAUGGAAUAUAAAGUUGACGAGUCCUGGGGCUCACAUACAGCUCCAGUCGCAACUAGAUUCAUCACUAGCUAUGAUGAAUCAAAUUCUAAAGCUACAAUGUUGGAAACAUUUUUUGAUAAUUUAGAAAAUUUCAGUCCUGAUAUUAUUUUACUGUCAGGUUUACAUAUGUUAGAGGGUCAAAGUGACGAAUUUUUCUCACAGAGGUUGGCUGUUGUGAAAGAAGGAUUGAAAACCUUACCAAUAACACUUCCAGUACAUCUAGAGCUAGCUAGUAUGGCUCAUAAAGAUUUUGUAAAGAAAAUUUUGGAAGAGGUGGCACCACAUAUUUCAUCAUUGGGAUUAAAUGAACAAGAAUUGUCCUUCUCCUCGCAUGCAGCAGACGGUCCACAUAAAAAUGACUUUCAGGAAAGAGAAGGACAGCCUGAAAUUCACAAAGUUACAGACAUGGUCUUAUGGAUAUUAAAGACAUUCGGAUAUUCUGAAGACAAUCAAGACAGUAAACUAACAAGAGUUCAUUUUCAUUCAUUAACGUUUCAUAUUAUUGGAACAGUGAAAGGGGCGUGGCACAACAAUAAAGAAGCUGUGGCCGCAGGAACAAGAACAGCUGGAGAACAAGCAUGUGAUAUGAAAACUAUUCAACCAGAUAAAGUCAAAUUAAGAAUUCCCAAAACAUUUAAACUAUUUACAGGGGAUGGUGAUCGAGAAUUUGAUGAAUUUAAUCCAGUUUUAUCAUGGGAAUUAGAAGGUUAUAAGUUUGUUUUUAGUCCAGUUUUAGUUUGCAUUAAUCCUUUGCGAACUGUAGGUUUAGGAGAUGCCAUUUCAUCAACAGGUCUCAUGUACUCCGAAUAUAAUCCUGAUUUUAGUAGUUGAUGAAACUGGUCUAUAGAACUUUGGGAUAAAAUCUCAUUCCAUUCAUUUUAACAUUUUUUUUUAUCAUUAUACUCCGUUCACAAUUAAGAUACCUGAUAUUUUAGAGGGGUUUGUUUUUGUAUUGUUGGUUUGUACAUCAUGUUCCAUAUUCAUAUACCGGUAGUUCUUUACAAAUUAAUUAAUAAUACAGAUUAUCUAUGACUUUGAAAAAGAGAAGGAGUUUCUUGGUUCAUCAACGAGCGAUAGCCCUGAGUUGAGAUCCAGCUGAGAAACUUUCUCCAGUUGAGAGACCAUAGAUAAUCUGUUAUUUUCCUAGGCAACAUCAAUGACAUUGGCAGAUGAAGUCAAUGUGUACUCACUCUACAUGACUUGAGAAAAACCAUUAUCAGUUUAGUCUCUUGAUAUGGAUAAUUAUCACACAAAAAUUAUCAAAGUAAAAUUUAAGAAAAUAGCGAUAUAAAAGGUGACAUAUUAUCAAUAUGCAAUAAUGAAUUGAAUUCAGAAAUUGUAUGUAGUAUUGUUUAUGUAGUGUGGUUGUUUAAAAAAGUUGUGGGUUUUAAACCCCUCUAGUAGUUAAAGGAAUGAUUUGAGUAAAGUUUUUUUAUGAUUUCAAGAUAGAUAUGAUAUGUACUGUAACUAGCUUAUUGAUGUUCUGAUAUUGCUUUAGUUUGAAUUGAUAACAAAAUAAACUUAUGAACCAUUUGUAGCAGUCAUUUAGGAAGAACUAUACAAUCAUGUGAAAAAAAUACGACAGAUAAGAUACAUGUAUUUUACAUAAUUUUAUGCAAAUUAUGUAACAAAUCAGAUUACAUGUGUAUUGUAACUCAGGGUUUUUGUUGACAUUUUUCAUAUUUAAUAUUUUUAAGAAGCGUUUAUAAAACAGAUGCAUCAACAUACAACAGCUAACAGUAAGCAUUGUGUUAUUUAUUGCAAUUGUCCAUGCUAAGUUACUUUAAAUAUUGAUUAUUUUACUUAUUUACAUUUAAUUGAAUAAUUAUCAGCCUGAUGAUGUAUUCCAUGCAUGUGCAAUUUAUUAUGUUUUUAAAUCACAAAUAUCAAUUUGAAACUGUUUGUUUUUAUGAAAAAAAGUUAUUUAUUUUUAAUAAUUCAAAUGAUAUGUAAUACCAUAGUCAAUUGUUGGUUGUUAAAUGUAAAGUUAGUUAUGUUUCAAAUACAUAUUUUUAAAUCAGCAACAGUAUUGAGGGUGAUAAAUUGUUAUUUUGUGCAAUUAAAUGUGUUUGCCUUUUAUAUGUUGUCUGCUAGCAAUUAUUUUCUGUUUUGUGUUAAAUAGGUAAAAUAAGACAUUGCAGGACUAGAUUUAAAUUUUUUUUUAUCAUACUUUACGGUAAAGAAGAUGUUAUUCACUGUCCCAUUUUUCUUUAACUUAACUGUAAUUUUCUUGAUACUUAUGUGUUCAGCACAUCUAUAUAUACUCAUGAUAGUCCAUGGUAAUAAUACUUGUACUACUUUUACUGUACCUUACCUAUGAUAUCAAUUGGGGGAAAGUGUUUCGGUUUGCAUCUAUAGUCAUCUGUUACUGAAUGAGCUUUUGGUAAUAGAUCAUGUUUUAAGGUGGUGUAGUUUAAAGUGUGUGUAAUAUUAACAGAAGUCCAUUCAAGAUGAGGCCUAUGCCAAAUACAUUUUAUAUGUCUAGAGAAUUUUGUUGCCUCUAUUAAAAUUCAGUGAUUAGGGGUAAACAGUUGGUUUAAGUUACAAUUUUAUAUAGUUUCAUAUUAUAUUCAUGCAUUGUUUACAUUGAUUUGCAUCCAUGAAUAUACCAGAUACAAAAUACAUAAAAUAAAUUGUCAGUAUUUAGAUAAAUUUCUGAUGAAGUUGAUGAUGAUGUUGAUGGAUGGACAUUUAAAAUCCUGUGGCAAAUUAAAUACAUAUUUAGGACAAGAACAUGUUGAUAUAUUAUGAAUUUAAACGCUGUUUUGUGCUUGAUUGAAACCCUGUGCCAGAUUUUUUACAUGCUAGUUCACAAGUUAACAGUUUGUGGAAGAGCUGCAUCCAGACCCAGACUCUUUAUUCUAACUCCAGGCCAAUAAGUCUUUGAUCGUACUAAUGCCUUCUGGAGAAACAGCUAAUACCAAUUUUCAUGUCUCUGGUGUGACCCAGACAGGGAUGGUUGAAGUAAAGAUUUUAGGUAUUUACAUAUAAACAUCUUCAGCAUCAUUUGGUCUCUGGAGGAGAGUUGUCUUAUCGGCAAAUAUACCACAUCUUAUUUUCAUAUCACUAAAAUGGGAUCCCCAUUCAGACUUUUGUUAGUUAAUAUAUGAUAACUAAAUAAGAUAGCUUGAGCUGUUCCUUUGAAAAGAAAAUUAAAAGCAAAAAAAUGUGAUAAACAAUUUAUUAUGUAAGAUUUGCUAGAUAUAGAUCUUAUGUAUCCAACUUUUAAAAUUAAAUAAAAAGAUCACCUUUGUACUUCAACCUCCGUUUUGCUGCCAGUUUUGAGCAUAGAUAAUAUGCUGACUUGUAGGAAGCUGCACUUAAAUCAGAUCUUUAACCAACAUUUGCAUUUAUAUAUAUUUACUUAAAUUGACCUAUAGUUGUUUUAAACUUCUACGUCAUUUGAUCUCUGUUGGAAAGUUGUCUCAUUUGCAAUCAUACCACAUCUUAUAUUUAUGCUAAAUUAUAAUUGAAGUAUCUUUUCAUCAAAUUUUUGACUAGACCCUUGUUGUUACCAUGAGAAAUAUAGCAUAUAACCUUUUAUAAUAAGUAGUUAUUAUAACACCUGUAACCAAGAGCAACACUUUUAAUCAGUUAUAUACAAGGAAUGAUAAAGACAUUUUAUAAGGUGAUAAUUUCUUUAUAAGUGAAACACUGCCAUAUAUGUGAUACUGUGUUAAAGUAGCCUUUCAUGAUUUUUGUUCUUUUUUAAAAUUUAUUGAUCUUUAAUGAAAUCUCUGUAGAAUUUUCACAUUAUGACAGAAAGAUGCAUAAAAACAGAUCUGGUUUAUGAGACAGCAACCCAACUUUAAACAAAAAGCAUUGUAUUACAUUGUAUUCCGUUUCAAAAAGAAAAACAGUCCUUUUUCUAUUUACCAACUUAAAGUCUGUUUCCAAUUUAAUGAUGAAUUUGAUGUACUUAAGCUUUUAUGACUUUUCAUUAUGUAAUCGCCGUUUUUGUCAUCCCAUUAUUUCAUUAUAUGUGUAAUGGGCUUAAGAAGUAAAAUUACUGUUACCGCACAAUAAACCAAGCUUGUUCUGCUUGCUUUUUAUAGGCAGGGAUACAGUUUGUCCUACCUUGGUGUUGUGUCCUUUAGUAAAAAUCUAGAAUUAGAAACAAAUUGGUAAUUGAAAAAUACACUAUUGUUGCUAGAAAUUAGAACAAAAUUAUGAAUUUUUAAAAUGUUACUUGUUAUAGCAAAGUUGACAAGUUUCAUGAAAAAUUAAAAUAUGAUAUCAGAAAAAAUAAUCCGAAAAGAUCAGUUAACAGUAUUAGUUAUUAGACAGUAAUUGAUUUACUGUGCCACAAAAUAUUAUGUUGUAUAAUUUAUGAUAAAAAUUGUUCCCAUCUACUUUGUGUCAUAAUUUAAAGAUUUCAAUGUCUCUUUGUCCUAAAUCUUUUUAUUAAAGAUGUAUGUUUAUAUGCA